ACCCACCGCCGGUGGUGCGUCACGCACGCGGCUCUACCACUGCUCGGCGCGGGGCCGGGGCGGGCCGUACCACUCUGCGGGGCGGGGGGUUGCGUGCUAAUGCUCGCGGUGUGAGCCUGAAGGCCGGGCCUAGACCGGGGUCUCCAGUGUCAUGGGGAGGCGCGGCGUGGUGGUGCUGACUCGGACGUCACGGUCUCUCGGACUGGCUCUACGUGGGUCCUGCUCCUCCCCAACGCUGACCCCCCUCCCCUUCGUGUGGGCCCGGCAGUUCCCUCCGGGUUGGAAUCCCAGGGGCGUGAGGACCGCCCAGGCCCCUGCGGCAGAGCUCGGGGACUUCUCCUUACCUAUGUGCCCCAGAGGCUUGGACAAUGCUGGCAAAACAACCAUCCUUAAGAAGUUCAAUGGGGAAGAUGUGGAUACCAUCUCCCCAACACUGGGCUUCAACAUCAAAACCCUGGAACACCGGGGAUUCAAACUGAACAUCUGGGAUGUGGGUGGCCAGAAGUCUCUGCGCUCCUACUGGCGGAACUACUUUGAGAGCACAGAUGGCCUCAUCUGGGUGGUGGACAGUGCCGACCGCCAGCGCAUGCAGGACUGUCAGCGUGAGCUGCAGAGCCUGCUGGUGGAGGAGCGCCUGGCUGGAGCAACCCUCCUCAUCUUUGCAAACAAGCAGGACCUGCCUGGAGCCCUGUCCUCUAAUGCUAUUCAGGAGGCUCUGGACCUGGCCUCCAUCCGCAGCCACCACUGGCGUAUCCAGGGCUGCAGUGCCGUCACCGGGGAGGACCUGCUGCCUGGUAUCGACUGGCUCCUUGAUGACAUUUCUAGUCGUGUCUUUACUGCCGACUGAGCUUCUCCAGUGUCCCCAGCUCACUGUCCAGGCCCCUACCCUCAUCAGACACCAGCUUGGAGGGACAGGCACCAACCAGCAAGACUAACACUCCCAACCCUGCCGUGAUCUGCUGCUGCUACUGCUGCUCCCCCCGCCCCCAGGCGAAGGCUGUCACCCUGGCUCCCAGAGUGGCCUGCAGCUGCCAUGCCAAAAGGAAAGGCUGGACUGGGAGGGACUACUUGCUGCUACCAAGGUCCUGGGUGUCGCCUCUGUCCAGCAGUGAGAAUAAAGCACUCCUU